AUGGAGCCAGGAGGGAUUGUCAAAGCUUUUCCCAAGAGGAAGAAGGUGAAGGAUGACCCAGGGAAAAGCAUCCCCCCAAAGAUCUCAAAAUCAGAAGGAACAGACCUACCUGGGGCAGGGUGGCUGAAACCAGUCACUGCAUACGUGUUGCAAGCUGGCAUCGGCCAAGCCCGGGCAGAGAUCUUCCACAAGCAGAUUGUCCAGAAUGGGGGCGUUGUACACAGACAGUUCUCCUCGGAGGUGACGCAUGUCAUUGUGGCUGAGGACAUGGACUGUGAUCGGGCCUUUCGGCUCCUGAAAUUCACCAAGCUACCUUCAGGGCUGCAGCUAGUGAAGGCAUCCUGGCUAAGUGCUUGCAUCAGAGACCAGAAGCUGCUCAGUACUGCUGGCUAUGGUGUCUUCAUCCCUCGCAGGUACCUGGAGGCCGGAGAACCGCAGAAAGAGCAGAAGCAGCAGGUCCUGCAUGGUGAAGAGAUCCAGCCCCCAGCAGAGGAGGGAGCAAUGAAACCAAGUACUGAAGCAGAGGUGGAGGAUUCCUUGCAGCAAGGCCUGGGCUCCCUUGGACAGCAGCGCCUGGCUGAGAAAGACUGUGAUGAUGAAGAUAGUGAAGGAGAAGAUUCUGUUGUCACCCAGGGAGAUCUGGAAGCAUUGAUUUCUGGCUGCUACCCUGUGAAAUCAUCAGAGGAGACCAGUGACAGCUCUUCUGCAGUGGCCCAACCUGCCAGCAAGUGGGUUUGUGCCCAGUCCUCCAACAGCAAGAAGGAGAAUCACAACCAGUGCAUCACAGAGAAGCUGGAAGUGCUGGCAAAGGCCUACUCUGUCCAGGGGGACAAAUGGAGAGCUCUGGGCUACGCCAAAGCCAUCAAUGCGCUCAAGAGCUAUCACAAACCAGUGACCUCCUACCAGGAAGCCUGUAAAAUCCCUGGGAUUGGAAAGCGGAUGGCAGAGAAGAUCCUGGAGAUCUUGGAGAGUGGGCACCUGCGCAAGCUGGAUCACAUCAGUGAGAGUGUGCCUGUGCUGGAGUUGUUUUCCAACAUCUGGGGAGCAGGGGUCAAGACAGCUCAGAUGUGGUACCAGCAGGGCUUCCGGACGCUGCUGGACGAGGUCCGCGGCAGGGCGACGCUCAGCAGCCAGCAGGCCGUGGGGCUGAAGCACUACGCGGAUUUCCUGGAGCGCAUGCCGCGGGAGGAGGCUGCGGAGAUAGAACAGACCGUCAGACAAGCUGCCCUGGCCCUGAAGCCUGGGCUCGUGUGUGUGGCGUGUGGCUCCUACCGUCGGGGGAAGCCCACCUGUGGAGACGUGGACGUGCUGGUCACUCACCCAGACGGGCAGUCUCACCGUGGGGUGUUCAGCAAGCUGCUUGACAGCCUCCGCAGGAGCGGCUUCCUCACGGACGACUUGGUGAGUCAGGAGGACAACGGCGAGCAGAAGAAGUACCUGGGGGUGUGCCGCCUGCCCGGGCCAGCCCGGCGUCACCGCCGGCUGGACAUUAUCGUGGUGCCGUACCGGGAGUUCGCCUGCGCCCUGCUCUACUUCACGGGCUCCGCGCACUUCAACCGCUCCAUGCGGGCCCUGGCCAAGACCAAGGGCAUGAGCCUCUCGGAGCACGCCCUCAGCUCGGCCGUCGUGCGGGGCCCGGGGGGCGUCAAGGUGGCAUCUGGCCGUACUCUGCCCACCCCCACCGAGAGAGAUGUCUUCGUUCAGCUGGGGCUGCCUUACCGGGAGCCCCCAGAACGGGACUGGUGACGCUUGGUUGUCACCCAGCGCCCUCGGCCCGCUGCACUGCCCUGCUGACGUUUGGAAGGGUGCUGGUUGCCCCGGUGCUGCCUGGCGGUCACUG